CGAAGACAAGUCCAAACAUUUCCAGCUCCUUCGUCGUCCUGACGACCCGCACUCACGUCGUCUUCUUCUCCCCGCACUCACGUCGUCUUUCCCCGCAAAGUCGUCGUCGUCUUCUCCCGCACUUGCAGCCUCUCAACAGUCCUUCCCUCUCGCGCCUUUUUCCGUCUCGUCGCUGCUUUCAUUCCUUCGGAAACCUUCGGCACCGUUCGGGACCAUUCGGGAUUAUACCGGGACUUUUUUUUCCCUGCCUGCCGACGGCGGGCCGAACAUGCACGAUCCUGCCGUCCCUGCUUGAGAGCCGCUACUUCCUACAGGACCAGGACCAGGACCGGGACCAGGACCAGGACCAGGACCAGGAUCAGCAUGGAGGCUUCAGUGUGGAUGUUGGUGGUCGUGCUGACUGCGGCGGUGUGCGCGCAUGGAGCGUGCGUCUACGAGGGAUCGCUGCAUGCGAACGCGUCGUCAUGGCGACCGCAGCCGUGUGAGGAGUGCAGGUGUCACGACAAGGUGGUGGUCUGCCUGGGCGUGUCCUGUGCCCACCCUCAGUGCCAGGAGGGCGAGCGCCUGAGGAUUAAUGCCGGUCAAUGUUGUCCCGGCUGUGUCCCCUCCUCAGAGGACUCCUGUGACCACCAGGGCGUCACUUAUGCUGACGGCAGUCAGUGGAGUCCUACGCCGUGUACGCUGUGUGAGUGCUCCAGCGGGGUCGCGUCCUGCGCCGCUCCUCAGUGUCCUCCCCUCACUUGUCCUGACUUCUUCACGUCUGCGGGGGAGUGCUGCCCUCAGUGCGGCCUGGCAGGAGAGUCGUGCUCCUGGCAAGACUCGGUGUACCAGGACGGCGAGGAGUGGCGGCCCGGCCCGUGUUCCAGGUGUGUCUGCCACGAUGGCGACGCCCACUGCUCCGUGGCCGAGUGUCCGCCAGCCACCUGCAAACUGAAUGAGAACUUGGUGAUCCCGCCUGGUCGAUGCUGUCCUCACUGUGUCUCUAACCCCUGUCUGUCAGCUGGCAAGGAGUACCAGAAUGGCGAGCAGUGGCAGAAGGACGCCUGCACCACGUGUGUGUGUGACCACGGUCAGUCUAAGUGUCACACACACACCUGCCGGGCGGUCACCUGUGAGAAGGGCCAGAGCAAGAUCAGGCGGGCGGAGCAGUGCUGCGAGGAGUGUGCGGCCACACGGGGGAGCUGCCGGCACCAGGGCCUGGUCCGAUACCACGGGGACACCUGGAAUGCCGCCGGCUGCGAGUUCUGCUCCUGCAGCCGGGGCCAGGUCCUGUGUCGGAAGGCGGAGUGCGGGCGUGUGGACUGUCCGCAGGGGUCACGCCUGCUUCACCUGCCAGGACUUUGCUGCCCUCAGUGUUCCUCUCAGAGAACUUCCUGCCUGCACCAAGGACAAGUACACCAGGACGCCACUCGCUGGAGCCCCGCCCCCUGCAGGCAGUGUGAGUGUGGCGAGGGUCAUGUGACCUGUUACCUGCAGUCCUGCCCCACCUGUCCCCCGGGCACCUUGGCUGUCACCCAGCAGGGCGGGUGCUGCCCCCGCUGUCAGCAAGUCCGGUGUCACGCAGACUGCCAGUCUUGCCUGGGCUCCCCUGACCACUGCCAGAGCUGCAAGGACCCCGGAGCCGUCCUCCAUCUGGGCCGCUGCUUGUCCGCCUGUCCCGACGGCUUCUUCGCCGACGGAGCGGCAUGCGCAGCUUGUCCUCCCUCCUGCAGCGUGUGCUCCGGCAGGCGCGCCUGUCGCUCCUGCGCUCUGCGCCGCCCCCUGCUGAGCGCUGAUGGCAGCCAGUGUUUGACUUCCUGUCCUGCCGGGAACUUCCAGGACCAACAUGGUCGAUGUCAGAGUUGUUCCGAGUCGUGCUCCGAGUGCGGCGGUCCGAGCCCGCAGGAAUGUUUGUCCUGCUCCGACCCGGCCGCCCUGCUCCAAGAUGGCGGCUGUGUUCUCCACUGUGGCGCCGCCUUCUACACUCAAGACGGCGUCUGUCACCCGUGUCACUCGUCGUGUGCUUCCUGUUUCCAUGACAACCCAAACUGCACCAACUGUCUGCCCGGCAGCGCAUUGCAUCAUGGGACGUGCGUGUCCCAGUGUCCAGCCCGACACUACCUGGACCACAGGAGCCGAUGCAGAGUGUGUCACAGCACCUGUGCGUCAUGUUGGGGUGUGUCAGCCUCGCAGUGCACCACCUGUGCACCUGCCCUCCUCCUCCACCAGGGGCAGUGUGUGCACACCUGUGGCCAAGGACUCUACCCGCACACACACACCUGUCACAAUUGUCACCCGUCAUGUCGCUCCUGCGUGGGCCCGCUGGCGUCCGACUGCGUGCGCUGCCUGAAGGCGGAGGAGGUGAUGGCGCCGCAGUCGCGUGGCCUUCCACACGGCGUCUGCACGGCCGACUGUCCCGCUCGCAGCUUCCUGGACGGCGAUCACACCUGCACAGAGUGUCACCCGUCCUGCUGGCAGUGCGUGGGGCCGUCUGUGGACGACUGCACGUCCUGCCCGUCACCGGCCGCCCUGCUGCAGGGACGCUGUGUCCCGUCCUGUCCUCCAGGCUUCUUCCUCCAGGACAGUCAGUGUCAAAGCUGCCACCCGUCCUGCCAGACCUGCUCGGGUCCCUCCCAGGCCGCCUGCACCUCCUGCCCCCCCGAGGCCUGGCUGCAGAGCGGGUCCUGCCGGAGCAGCUGCCAGGAGGGACAUUUCCUCGCCGCCACGAGCGCAGAGUGUCUCAGGUGCAACAUGGGGUGUGAGAGGUGUACCGCAGAUCUUCAGACCAACAUCGGCAGCGUUUGUUUGUGGUGCAAAGAAGGCGGGGCCUUGUUGCUAGGCGACCACUGUGUCCCCCGGUGUGCCCCAGACCGCUACAGCCUGCACGGGGCCUGCCUCAGAUGCCACGCCUCCUGUGAGUCUUGCAGGGGGGCGGGGCCUCUAGCUUGCACUUCCUGCCACGCCCCCAAUGUCCUGUUGCCCUCAGGGGUGUGUGCCGACGGGUGUCUCCUUGGUUACCAUGACAACGGCCAUGGCGUCUGUCAGGCGUGCGCUCAUCAGUGCCUGAGGUGUGACACGGGGGGAGUGUGUACGUCAUGCCGUGACCCCGCCAAAGUGCUACAGUUUGGGGAGUGCCAGUACGACACGUGUGCCCAGCAGUACUUCCUCAACGCCACCACGCGCACCUGCACAGAGUGCGACUGGAGCUGCAACGCCUGCACGGGUCCUCGGCCCACCGACUGCUCGCAGUGCAUGGAAGGACAUGUGCUGCACCACGGGGUCUGCACCCAAAAGUGUCCGCCGGGGUGGUACCAGGACGGGGACACCUGCCUGGGCUGCGAUGAUCUCUGCAUGGAGUGCGACGGCCCCGCCCACUGCCUGCGAUGCCAGCCGCCGCACGCCAUCCUGCGGGGUCGCUGCGUGCUGCGAUGUGGGCGCGGCUACUUCCUGGACGCCUUCGCCCACGCGUGCCAACCGUGCUCCAGCGACUGCUCGCUGUGCGACGACGUGGGACGCUGCCGGGCCUGCGCGCCCCCCGCCUACCUGAUGGAGGGCUACUGCACCCCCGCCUGCGGGCACGGGUACUAUGCCGACCGCCAGACCAGACGUUGCCAUGCGAACAGCAGCCCCCCCUCCCUCCACGUCAACGGCUCCCUGCUGGUUCCCCUGGGCGGCUCCGUCCCGCUGGGCCCGACUCUGCUGCCGGUGCAGGACCAGGACAGUCCCCCGCAGGCGCUCGUCUUCCGGCUGGUGCGCCGGCCCGCCAACGGCCGACUGGUCGUCCUGGGCGACGAGGAGGCGGAGCCAAAGGCGGAGGAGGGUCGCGAGCUGACGGAGGAAGAUUCUUUCACCUGGAAGCAGCUAGAAGGAGGUCGAGUCCACUUCCAACACUUCAGAGACAAAAGCAGGAGCGGGGAGUUCCUUCUCCGUGUGGCCGACCCUCAGCUGCUCUCUCAGAGUCAAAGCGUCCAAGUUCAAGCCGUGUCCAUGCAGCCUCCGAGGGUCCUGACUUUAGCCCCCCUGCUGGUGGACGGCCCCGGGGCCACGGCGACCCUCACCAAGUCCGUCCUGCUGGUGGACGACCCCGACAACCCGGCCGAUGUCCUGGUCAUGGUCCUGGAGCCGCCCGGUCACGGCCGCCUGACCCGGGUCCACGGCGACCGGGUCCUGGGCCGCUUCAAGCUGGACGAGCUCUCCCGGGAGCAGGUCCAGUACGUCCAUGACGGGUCGCGGGCCGCCCAGGACCACAUGGUGCUGCAGGUCAAUGACGGACACGCCUACCAGAACAUUCUGCUGCGGGUCCUCAUCAGCCAGGAGGCGUGGCCUCACCUGCGCUCUGUGCCUCACACCUGGGUGAAGGAGGGCGGGAUGGUGCGCCUAAACAGGAAGUACCUGCGGGCCCACUUCCUGGGGGUCAGCGCUGACCACGUCCUUUACACCAUCCUGACCUCGCAUGGACCACCCAGAUAUGGUGAGGUGGUCCUGGUCUCCAUGCCAGCUGACGGCCCCCCAGAAGGAUGGAGUCCAUCGGAGGAGCGAGGCUACACCAGCACCACCUCCUUCACCCAGCAGGACGUGGACCACGGCACCGUCUGGUACCGACAUUUUGGCCACGGGACCACCAGUGACUCUUUCCAGUUCCAGGUGUCCAGUGAGGCUCCUCCCAUCGUGCAAACAAACACUCAGACUUUCACUGUCGGAGUUUUACCACAAAACCCUGAAUUCCCUCAGCUGGACCCCGACUGUGGUCUUCAAGUGACGGCUGUAGAGAAUGGUGUGACAGAGAUAACAUCCUCAGCUCUUUCCUUCAUUGACUCUGAGACUUCCAGUGAGGAUCUCAUCUACAACAUCACCAAACCUCUGCCAGCAGGACAAGGAACCAUCGAGCACCAAGAGAGACCACAUGUGUCAGUCCAACAUUUCAGUCAGGCAGACGUGGACCAGCACAAGAUCCUCUACAGACCUCCUAGACCUCCUUCACACCUGCAGGAACUCUACCAGUACUCCUUCAUAGGUCUACCUGAGUCCCUCAGCGUCUAUUUCACAGUGUCUGACGGCCAGCACACGACUCCCGAGCUGGACUUUUCCAUCCUGCUGCUGUCCAACCAUCAGCAGCCGCCCAUGUUCCAGGUUCUGGACCCGCUCCUGGAGGUGGGCAUGGGGGGUCAGACUCCUGUGGGUGUUCAGCAUCUGGCGGUCAGCGACGUGGACACGCCCCCUGACGAGCUGGAGUUUGAGGUGGUGGACGCUCCACAUCACGGACACUUGGUGAAGACUCAAGAUGGACGCCACGCCACCAUGGACAACGGUGACGUCUUCACCUUCAGUGAUGUCACGCACAACAAUCUGCUGUAUCGCCACGCCGGGCUCUCCAGCCAGGAAGACGCCAUCACCUUCUCUGUCAGCGACGGCAUCGCCAUGGCAACCACAGUGGUGCGGGUGGCGGUGUCGGGCGCCCGUGACGACGGGCCGCAGCGAGACCCCGCCUCCAGUUUCUCCCUGGAAGUGGGCAAGAGAAGCAGCACGGUCAUCAGACGCUCACACCUGGCCUACACUGACACGAGUUCAUCAGAUGAUGAGGUGAGAGUGCAGCUGGUGUCAGUGCCCAUGUAUGGAGUGUUGACCAGGACUCUCAGUCAGCAUCAACCUCAAACACUCACAGAGUUCUCCACCUUCACCAUGGAGGACAUCAACCUCAACACCAUCAGUUACGUCACCACGUUAGAGACGGGCGACCAGCCGGUCACGGACGUCUUCCACUUGGUGGUGUACGACUCUGACAACCAUCGCCUUGACAACCAGAUGGUCACCAUCACCAUCACACCUGUGCACACACCUGUGCCCGUGGUCAGCGUGGGCGGAGCCAUAAAGGUGCAAGAAGGAGGUCGUGUGCAGCUGUCGACCAAUCACAUCAGCGUAUCGGAGCAGGACACGCCCAGGAAGAACCUGCAGGUGUGGUUGCUCCGCCCCCCCAAGUACGGCUUCAUUGAAAACACCAAACCAGGUGGAUCAGUGGGCGGCGCCCAGGUCAUCACGCCCGACGCUCCUUUCUCCGUAGACGACCUGGCCUCGGAUCACAUCUUCUACGUGCAGAGCGAAGGUCAGCAGAGUCAGCGAGACGACUUCAGUUUCUACGUCAGCGAUGGACCGAGUCAGACCGAAGCCUUCGACGUGGAGAUCCACAUCCAGCAGGUGAAGCAGCAAAGUGAACUGGUGGUGUCGGUGAGCAGCGUCCAUGUGGAGGAGAACUCGGGUGUGGUCAUCACCAACUCUUCUCUCAGCGUGACGGACCACCACACACCUGACCACCUCAUCUUCUUCACCCUGCUUAGGCAGCCUUCCUACGGUAAACUGCGCAGGCGUCAGUUCUAUGCUCAGCCUCUGGACGUGGGCCGUGUCCUCACACCAGGCUCCACCUUCACCUACCAGGACGUGCUGGAGCGGCUGUUGGUGUACACGCCCGACACCGUCAGCGGUGGCUCUGAUGAGAUGGUCCUCAGCGUGAGCGAUGGUGUGCACACCCGCACGCUGCACCUGCAGGUCACCAUGGACGUGACCCGCACUGAAGGUCCUCGCAUGACCGUCAACAGAGGACUGCAGCUGCCCGCAGGUUCUUCGUCCAAGAUCAGCGAGCAGAACCUGAAAGCUUCUGACUUGGACUCUGACGUCCUGAAGCUGCGAUACCUUCUGACCAAAGAUCCUCCCAGCGGCCAAGUCCUGCUCAGCAAGAACGGACGUGUAGACAAAGUGACGGUCAAAGGUCCAACCAGCAGCUUCACUCAGGAGGACGUCAACAAAGGUGAGGUCCAGUACAGUCACCUCAAAGGUGAGAAAGGAGGAAGUCUGUCCUUCAACUUCAACCUGCUGGACCCUGAAGGCAACAAACUCAUCGAUCAGUCCUUCUACAUCAGUGUCCUCGAGGACCGCCUGCCUCCGAGGGUGGAGGUCAACAAAGGUCUGGUCCUGGAUGAGAACUCCUGGAAGAAGCUGACCACCAUGCAGUUGUCUGCCAGCGACCAGGACAGCGAGCCCAGCGAGUUAGUCUUCCACAUCAGCAAACAGACCAGCCUGGGACACUUGGAGCACGCCGCCAGUCCUGGCAGCAGAAUCGACACGUUCAGGCAGUCAGACUUGAUGUCACGCAGCAUUCAGUACGUCCACAGCAGCCAGGAGGAGAAACAUGAUGACCACUUCUCCUUCAGCGUGUCAGACGGCACCAACGAGGUGGCCCAGACCUUCUACAUCAGCAUCAGGCCAGUAGACGACUCCCUGCCUCUGCUGCAUGUUCCUGGCAUGAGAGUGCAGGAAGGAGUCAGGAAGACCAUCACUGAGUUUGAGAUGAAGGCCACUGAUGCAGACACCCAGGCGGAGUCCAUCAUGUUCAGCGUGGUGCAGCCUCCUCGGCACGGCACCAUCGAGCGCACCAACAACGGUCAGCACUACCGGCAGACCAGCAGCUUCAGUAUGGACGACGUCUACCAGAACCGGGUCAGCUACAACCAUGAUGGAUCCAACUCCCUGAAGGACCGCUUCAGCUUCACGGUGGCUGACGGCACCAACCUGCUCUUCAUGGUGGACGAUGGUGGCAAGGAGAUCGUGACCGCCGCCCCCCAGAAGUUCAAGAUCGACAUUCUCCCCGUGGAUGACGGGACUCCUCGUAUCGUCACCAACCUGGGCCUGCAGUGGCUGGACUACCUGGACAACAAGGCCAGCAACCUGAUCACCAAGAAGGAGCUGCUGACCAUGGACCCUGACACGGAUGACGAGCAGCUGGUGUACGAGGUCACCAGCCAGCCCAAACAUGGCUUCCUGGAGAGCAAAGGUCAACCCGGCAGCCGCAUCAGCACAUUCUCCCAAGCUGACAUCAACCUGGGCCUGAUCCGCUACGUUGUCCACGAGGACAGCGUCCAGGAGACCAUGGACACCUUCAAGUUCCUGGUGAAGGACAGCAAGCCCAACGUGGUCAGAGAUAAUGUCUUCCACGUCCAGUGGUCCCUCAUCAGCUUCCUGCACCAAAGCUACAACGUGACGGAGGAGGCGGGCACAGUGGCGGUGACGGUGAAGCGGACAGGGAACCUCAACCAGUACGCCAUCGUGCUGUGUCGCACUGAGCAAGGCAGCGCCACCUCCAGCAGCAGCACUGGCCAGCAGGACUACGUGGAAUACGCAGGACAGGUCCAGUUUGACGAGCGCGAGGACGUCAAGGUGUGCACCAUCGUCAUCAACGACGACAAGGUUUUCGAGGGCAUGGAGAGCUUCCAGGUGGAGCUCAGCAUGCCCGUGUACGCGCUGCUGGGCGGGAACACGCGUGCCGUGGUCAACAUCAACGACACGGAGGACGAACCCAAGCUGCAGUUCGACCAGAAGAUUUAUCACGUCAACGAGAGCACCGGCGUCAUCCAGGUGCCCAUCGAGAGAAAAGGCGACACGUCCAGCACCGUGUGGGCUCUCUGCUACACGGUGGCCAAGUCGGCUCAGGGCAGCAGCCCCCUGGCUUUGGAGUCGGGCUCCGACUACAAGAGCCGCGGCAUGAGCCCGGAUAACCGCGUGGUCUUGGGGCCCGGGGUCAGCAUGUCCACCUGCGACGUCAGGUUGAUAGACGACAGCGAGUACGAGCUGUCCGAGGAGUUUCAGCUGGUGCUGUCGGACGCCUCGGAUAACGCCCGCAUGGGAGACGUGACCGUGGCCAAGGUGGUCAUUGACGGACCCAAUGACGCUUCCACGGUUUCUCUUGGGAACGCCACGUUUACGUUCAGCGAGGACGCUGGCACAAUCGAAAUCCCUGUGCUGCGUCACGGCAGCGAUCUGUCCUCGGUGACGUCGGUGUGGUGCGCCACUCGACCCGCUGAUCCGCCCUCGGCCAGCCCAGGUGUGGACUACAUCCCUAGUUCCAAGAAGGUGGAGUUCCAGCCCGGAAAGACAGACGAGACGUGCAGUUUGACCAUCAUGGACGACGUCCAGAAUCCGUCCAUCGAGGGCUCCGAGUCCUUUGUGGUCUUCCUCAGUUCCCCACAAGGGGCCGUCCUCCAAGAACCGUACGAGGCCAGCGUUGUCAUCAUCGACACCUUCCAGGACAUUCCCAGCAUGCAGUUCGAGAAGAGCGCCUACACGGUGAAGGAGCGAGACGGCGCCUUGCACAUUCCCGUCAUCCGCACGGGCGACCUGUCCUUCAAGUCGUCGGUGCGAUGCUUCACCCGCACCAUGUCGGCCAUGGUGAUGGACGACUUCGAGGAGCGGAGGAACGUGGACGAGUUCCGCAUCACAUUCCUGCGUGGGGACAAGGUGAAGAACUGCACGGUUCACGUGAUGGACGACUCUGUGUUUGAACCCGAAGAGGAGUUCCAGGUGCACCUCGGGACACCGCUGGGAGACCAUUGGAGCGGCGCCAUGAUUGGGGAGCGCGACGUGGUCACCAUUACCAUCACAAACGAUGAAGAUGCGCCCACCAUCGAGUUCGAGCAGGCGUCCUUCCAGGUCAGAGAGCCUCCGGGUCCAGAUGGCAUCGAGGUGCUCAACAUCAAAGUGAUCCGCCACGGGGAUCUGGAUCGCACCUCCAAGAUCCGCUGCAGCACCCGAGAUGGCUCAGCCCAGUCAGGAGUGGACUACAAUCCCAGGAGCAGAGUCCUCAAAUUCACCCCCGGGAUGGACCACAUCCUCUUCAAGGUGGAAAUUGUGUCCAACGAGGACAGGGAGUGGCACGAGUCCUUCACAGUGGUCCUUGGCCCUGAUGACCCGGUGGAGGCGGUGCUUGGGGAAAUCACUAUGGCAACCGUCACCAUUCUGGACCAGGAAGCUGCUGGAAGUCUCAUCCUUCCUGCACCACCUCUUGUGGUCUCCCUGGCCGACUACGAUCACGUCCAAGAGGUGACCAAGGAAGGCAGCAAGAAGACUCCCUCCCCCGGUUACCCCCUGGUGUGCGUCACACCCUGCGACCCGCACUACCCCAAGUACUCGCUGAUGAAGGAGCGCUGCGAGGAGGCGGGCAUCAACCAAACACAGGUGCACUUCUCCUGGGAGGUGGCGGCGCCCACCGACACAAACGGGGCCCGCUCGCCCUUCGAGACGGUCACGGACACCACGCCGUACACCAGCGUCAACCACAUGGUCCUGGACAGCAUCUACUUCAGCCGACGUUUCCACGUCCGCUGCGUGGCUCAAGCCCGAGACAAAGCGGGUCACCUGGGGACGCCGCUCAGGAGCAACAUUGCCACCAUCGGCACCGAGGGCUCCAUCUGCCACACGCCCGUGACCACCGGGACCGCCAGAGGGUUCCAGGCUCAGUCCUUCAUUGCGACGCUGAAAUACUUGGACGUCAAGCACAAAGAACACCCCAACAGGAUCCACAUCUCGGUGCAGAUCCCGCACCAGGACGGCAUGCUCCCCCUAGUGUCCACCAUGCCGCUGCACAACCUGCACUUCCUGCUGUCAGAGUCCAUCUACCGGCAGCAGCACGUCUGCUCCAACCUGGUGACCCUCAAAGACCUGCAGGGCCUCUCUGAGACGGGCUUCCUGGACGACGUGUCCUACGACAGCAUUUCUUUGGGGCCGGGCUACGACCGCCCCUACCAGUUCAACCCCGGUGUGCGGGAGGCCAGAAGCAUCCAGCUGUACAAACACCUCAACCUCAAAAGCUGCAUCUGGACCUUCGAUGCUUUCUACGACAUGACGGAGCUCAUCGACGUCUGCGGAGGUUCAGUCACCGCAGACUUUCAGGUGCGGGACUCUGCUCAGUCCUUCCUGACGGUCCAGGUCCCGCUCUACGUGUCCUACAUCUACGUGACGGCGCCCAGAGGCUGGGCUUCUCUGGAGCAUCACACUGAGAUGGACUUCUCCUUCUUCUACGACACCGUGCUCUGGAGGACAGGCAUCCAGACCGACAGCGUCCUCUCUGCCCGGCUGCAGAUCAUCAGGAUCUACAUCCGCCAGGACGGACGUCUGGUCAUCGACUUUAAGACGCACGCCAAGUUUAGAGGCCAGUUUGUCCCAGACCAUCACACCCUGCCUGGACACAAGUCCCACCUUCUGGCUCCAGACCACCUUGGAGGCAUGGACUUUGACAUCCAACUGCUGUGGAGCGCACAGACCUUUGACUCGCCCUACCAGCUGUGGAGGGCCACCAGCUCCUACAGCAGGAAGGAUUAUUCUGGAGAGUACACGGUCUUCUUGAUCCCGUGCACGGUCCAGCCCACUCAGCCAUGGAUGGAUCCUGGAGACAAACCUCUGUCCUGCACGGCUCACGCUCCCGAGAAGUUCCUGGUGCCCAUCGCCUUCCAGCAGACCAACCGUCCCGUGCCCGUGGUCUACUCCCUGAACACGGAGUUCCAGCUGUGCAACAACGAGAAGGUCUUCACCAUGGACCCGGCCUCCGCUGACGUCUCCAUGGCCGAGAUGGACUACAAGGGCGCCUUCUCCAUGGGUCAGACUCUGUACGGCCGUGUGCUGUGGAACCCUGACCAGAACCUGAACGCGGCCUACAGACUCCAGCUGGAGAAGGUCUACCUGUGCACCGGCAAGGACGGCUACGUUCCUUUCUUCGACCCCACAGGGACUCUCUACAACGAGGGCCCGCAGUACGGAUGCAUCCAGAACAGCAAGAACCUCAAACACCGCUUCCUCGUUCUGGACCGCAAGCAGCCCGAUGUUUGUCACAAAUAUUUCCACGACGUUCCCUUCGAGGCCAACUUUGCGUCGGACGUGUCCGACUUGAGCGCCGUGUCCGCCAUGCCGGGCGUGGACGGCUUCAUCAUGAAGGUGGACGCCCUGUACAAGGUGGAGGCGGGGCAUCAGUGGUACCUGCAGGUCAUCUACGUCAUCGGUCCCGAGUCGCGCUCCGGUCCCAGGAUCCGCCGCUCUCUCACCUCCCGGCUCGCUCGCCCCCAGCGGGACCUGGCGGAGGUCAGCGGGCACCUGGCGCUGGACGAGUCGCUCAUCUACGACAACGAGGGCGACCAGGUGAAGAACGGCACCAACAUGAAGUCGCUGCGCCUGGCGAGCGCCGCCCCGGCCGGCGCCUUCACCGCCCGGGUGGGCGGCUCGGUGGGCGGGGGGGUGGCCGCCCUGGCCCUGCUGGUCCUGGUCCUGCUGGCGUCCUGCUUCCUGUUCCGCCGCCACCGCCGCUCGGCAACUAGCAAGGGGGCGCAGGAGGAGUACCCCCUCAACACCAAGGUGCAGGUGUGCUUGGACAGGUGUGUGGAGAAGAAGUUCAGCAGCUGCACCGUCACCAACGUCAACGUCCUCCACCGCCACCAGCAGGUCGGCAAGGUCAAACAGGUCAACCUGGAGGUCAAGCUUCACAACAACCUCCAUGACGGCACCGAGGUGUGACCCGCAAAUAUUCUACUUUCUUACCUGCGCCGCUUGCUUUUAUACCGCUCCCAAAGAAGGGAAGUUGCAGAUGAGCAAGGCAGCGUCACCACCCAGCUACCUCACACUAACACUUUUCUACACCCGCGCACGUUUGGGCCAAGUCCACACCACAAAACCUUCCUUCCCUUCGUAACAUUCAAAAGAGCACCAGAAAGUUAUUUCAACAUUUUGGAUCAAUCUAAAAGGCUAGCAUGCUAACGUUAGCGUGUUAUAAUGGGAAGAGUUAGCAUACUUGCAAGAUGGCGACAUGUCCCAAAACCAAUUAAUCGUAGCUUUAAAUGAUGCAAAUGAGCUAAAAUGCUAGCAUAAUACGUUAGCAUGCUAACAUUAGCACGAUGACGUAGGAAAAGUUAGCGCUCUUUUAAGACGGUCCCAGGUAUUUGAAAGCCGUGAUUAAGUUUAAGCAAAAAAAAAAUAAAAAUAGCUAAAAUGUUAGCAACAAACAUUAGCAUGCUAACUUUAGCAUGAUAAGCUAGGAAAGGUCAGGAUACUUCUAAAAUGGCGCCAAACAUGCAAAACCUUGAUAUUUUUUUAAGGUUCGAACAAAUACAAUUUGCUAAAAUGCUAGCAUAAAACAUUAGCCUGCUAACAUUAGCACAAUGACAUAGGGAAAGUUAGCGCUCUUUUAAGACGGUCCCAGGUAUUUGAAAGCCAUGAUUAAGCCAAAAAAAAAAAAAAAAAAAAAAAAAAAAAAAGCUAAAAUGUUAACAACAAACAUUAGCAUGCUAACUUUACCAUGAUAACCUGGGAAAGAUCAGGAUACUUCUAAAAUGGCGCCAAACAUCCAAAACCAUGCUUUUUAAAGGUUGGAACAAAUACAAUUUGCUAAAAUGCUAGCAUAAAAACGAUAGCAUGUUAACGUAAGCAUGACAGCGGAGAAAAAGUCAACAUACUUUUAAGAUGGUACCAAAUAUCAAAAGCCAUGAAUUUUUGGUUCAAACGGAUAAAAUUAGCAAAUAUGCUAACGUUAGCUUGUUAUAAUAGGAAGAGUUAGCAUACUUGCAAGAUGGAGACAUGUCCCAAAACCAAUUAAUCGUAGCUUUAAAUGAUGAAAAUGAGCUAAAAUGCUAGCAUAAUACGUUAGCAUGCUAACAUUAGCACGAUGAUGUAGGAAAAGUUAGCGCUCUUUUAAGACGGUCCCAGGUAUUUGAAAGCCAUGACUAAUUUUAAGCAAAAAAAAAAC